CCGCCUGGUGGUGUGUGUGCGCGAGAGAGAAGAUGGCGGCGGCGGAGGCAGCAGCGUGAGGAGCCGAGCGGACGCCGAGCUUCCUAUUGAAGCGCGGGCGCCAUGGCCUUAAACAGCGCCCAGUAUAUCUUUGGGGAGUUCAGCCCUGAUGAGUUUAAUCAAUUCUUUGUGACUCCUCGAUGCUCCGUUGAGCUUCCUCCAUACAAUGAAACAGUUUCUUGUGGUGUUAAGUCCACAGGUGAGCGUCAUGAUGGUGCAUCCAUUUCAAUCCAUGCAACAAUAGAUCCUCGAAACACCACGGAAUGGAUUGAAACAAAGGUGGCUGGAAGCAAAGUGGAAGGGGAGGAUUAUCGGAGAAUUGAAUUUGGUGUUAAUGAAGUUAUUGAGACAGAGUCAUCUGUGCUGAAUAACAAUGACUACGGUAUUUCGAGCACUCUGAAUCCUCAGGCUCCAGAAUUUAUUCUCGGUUGUGCAUCAACUCAGAAAACCCAUGAUGACAUUCUUAAUGAAACUAACUUCAACUCCAUAGACUGCCAGUUCACUGAUCCUGCCCUUGCUCUGGAUAGCGGUUCUAAUCCUGAAAAUGAUAGCUUAUCUGGGGGCCUUGGACAACGGGAGCGUAAAAAGAAGAAAAAAAGACCACCUGGAUACUACAGUUAUUUGGAAGAUGUCAGUGAUGGCAUUGUUCCUGCAGAAGCUCUUGUAAAUGGCCAUGCAAAUUCAUCAGGACUGAAUAGUAUAAGCGCAGAAGAUACGGAACUUACAGGAGACAGACCAUCAUCAGCCUCACCAAGGACUUGUAACAGCCCUGAAAAUUCUGUGGACUUCAUUAGUGAAGCUGUGUCUGAUGAUUCUGUUUCUAGUGUAUUAGACAAUACCAGGACUGCAGGGCAGCCUGAGAUAUGCAGUGUUAUCAAUUCUGAACAAUUCUGUAUCUCCUCAGAGGCUGGUAGAGAGAGCCCUUUAAGGACAGCUGUUGUAGAACCUUAUGAUGGUACUGAUACUACUGAAAAUCUUGGUGUUACAAAUGGACAAACACUUGAAUCAUCUGGUGAGGGCCCAGCUGCCAAUGGGGUAGAAUUGCACACUAUGGAAAGCACUGACUCAGACCAAGCUAAGCCUGAAGAUGUUUCACCUACUACUGAGGCGACAGCCCCGGUUUCAGGAUCAGUCCCUGUUAAUCAGCCUGCAAAAUCGUGGGCUAGUCUUUUUCACAAUUCCAAGCCCUCUGCUUCCACAUCUGUGGCCUAUGUUGAGACUAAGUGUACCCCUCCUGCCACAUCUACUCUAUUCCCUGAAAAACAGGUUGAAGUCAAAGAGGGACCUGUUCCAGUUUCAGAGGAUCCUGUAGCCAUAAAGAUUGCAGGUAUAGUUAACAGACACUAGAGUGGACAUUCUGGUAGAACAGUAGCACAUUUUGCCUUAAAACAAGAGUGUACAGUAUUGAAAGAGAGAAGAGACACACUUGUGUUAAUCCAAGAUUAAGGUUGAUUUUAAUUAAACAAUUCCGAAAAUUAAUAUAGUUAUUAAAAGUGGGUAACUAUUUCAACUCUGUCCUUUGAAUAAACAUUGCAAUAAUGUAAUAUCAUAUGAUCAUACAACAAGAAUACAGUAAUAUAAAUGCUACAUAUAAGCAUCUAAAGCUACGUGAGGCAUGGUUUAAAUUUAACAGCACAGAGUUUGAUUUAACAGUCUUACUGGAGGAGCAGUUUAGAAAAAAAGUAUUUGCUUUCUGUUGAAUUGUUUGCUAAAUAGUAUGUCUCAUCAUCCAGUGUUUGUGAUCCUGUUAUAAUGCAUACAUUCAAGGGAGGAGUGUUCAGAUUGCUUAUGUUAGAAUUAAGAAAUUCAGUU